GUAUCCAGGGUCAUCGAAGCAAGAUCAGAUGACGGGAAAAAAGAGCUACAUGUUACCCCUGACCUCACCCUCAAGCUCGAACCUGCCUCUGUUCUUGGAGAAACGCUCACCGUUAUAACUGAUGACAGCAACGAUAUUCACAGUGAAACAGUGACAACCCGUCCGAUUAAGAAGCACUUGUACCAGGAUCCCCAACAAAUGGCUUCGGUGUAUCUCAAAGACUCGCCUUCCGGUGUCCUAGCGGAAGGCAUCCUGGGAGACGAGCUACGGAUUGAGCCUCUGAGUGGACCCUCAGAACGGCGGGAUGGAGCGAUCCCUCACAGAGUAUAUACCAUUGAUAACUCUGAAAAGUAUUACGGAGAUGUCGUUCAAGCUGAGGGUGCAGAAUCUGGCCCAUUUCUGACAGAGAGGUCCGGUGAAAUUCCCGAUGCAGUUUACUUAAACAUUAGCAUCGUAGUCGAUUCUGUGAUACAUCACGGACUUGAAAGGAUGAAGAAAAGCUCUCUCGAAUAUGUAGCGAUCCUUAUGAAUGCGGUGAAUCUAAGAUAUGCAGAAUUCACAGAGCCUGGGUUUCAGAUUAAACUUGACGUCGUCCAACUUCUGUCUAUGACACAGGAGCGUGACGUCUUGGGCAUCGUUGGAUCAGUCCUCUUUCACCCAAAUGUGCUGCCAAAGCUGGUUAACUUCACUGAUUCGCCCCAGUUCUCUAAUUCUGCGGCAGUGUUUCUGUUGACAGGGCGAGACCUGAGUGGCCCAUCAGGAUCCUCUACAAAGGGCAUCGCUAUGCUGGGACAGCUCUGCAGGAAAGAACGUGUGGGGAUCGGUGAAGAUAUCCCAGGUAGCUACAGCGGAAUGGCCACAGUCACUCACGAGGUUCUCCACAUAGUCGGCGCUGGACACGAUGGCAGCCUAGCCCCCGUCCGUAUGACGGGGAUUGCUAGAACGAAGUGUUCAGCAGGACCAUACAUAAUGUCACCCUACCAGACAACGAGAAACGCACACUGGAUGUCAAACUGCACUCAAGAACAAGUUAGAUUUCUUCUGAAAAGUAAAAGACCUCGUUGCUGGAUGCCUCUUCAUUCCGAAGAUUUGACGACGUCAACAUUACCGGCAUCCAAGAUCAACGUCACCGAAUUCUGCUUACUUGUCAAGCCACGCGUGUACACAGGCGGUAAUGUUGAGCCAGAUUGCAGAAUAAGGUGUACAACCAGAACGAAUAUUGUGGGAUAUUUCACGGGCAUUGACGGCAUGGAAUGCGCAAGUAGAAACGGGACGGUGUGCGUAAAGGGCCAGUGCAUCAGCAGGAAUAAAAUACCACGAACGGUCACGGGCGUUCCUCGUCAAGUUUCAGAGGCCUCAGAGGUGUGAUCUUUUGAGGUGUCCUCUCUGAUACUUCAACUUCAAGAGCAACCAUGUGGCGCACUUGCAAAAUAAAGCGAACGUCCAUCAA